GCGUCCGCAGCUGUCAUUCGUCCCGGCCGUUUUGUACUUCUGAUUCGGCGUUGCAAAGAAGGGCCCCAAGUGUGCUUGGUUUGCAAUCAUCGACGAGAAUAUUGCAGGGAAGAAAAAAAUCUAACAAGCGUGAAACAUACACGACAGAACAAAACCAGUGGAAGCAAAGAUCGAUCGUCGAAGAUUACAAUCGGAAAGUUCCUGGUCGGUUCGGAAUCGCUCUUCCAGACGCGUAUCCCAUUGUCCCAGUGGUCAAACUUGUUUUCCCCCGAGAACGCAAGGCGAGCGAAAAGGUUGAAUUCGAGUCGAAACAAGCUUCCACUUUGAAGAGGACCUAUAUUAUUCGGAUAUGGCUUCCACGGAUGUCAACAUGGAAGCAGUGGAAAGCACCAAAGCAUCGUCCUCUUCGACGUCAUCCACGGCCGCAUCUAGUCCCAAUGGGAACACUAACGGAGGAGAGAACGCUGGUGAUCUAGCUACCAAUGCGGAGGAUAUGACCUCGCGGGACUACUACUUCGACUCGUAUGCACAUUUUGGCAUCCACGAGGAAAUGCUGAAGGAUGAGGUCCGCACUCUGACGUACCGCAACGCCAUGUAUCACAAUAAGCAUCUGUUCAAGGGCAAGACGGUGUUGGAUAUUGGCUGUGGGACCGGUAUCCUGUCGAUGUUCGCUGCCAAAGCCGGUGCUGCCAAGGUCAUCGCCGUCGAGUGCUCUAACAUUAUUGAUUACGCUCAGAAAAUUAUCGAAGCAAAUCAUCUGAGCGACAUCAUCACGCUAGUUAAGGGAAAAGUGGAAGAGAUUGAGCUCCCAGAUGGAAUCCAACAGGUUGAUAUUAUCAUUUCUGAAUGGAUGGGGUACUGUUUGUUCUACGAGUCCAUGCUUGACACAGUGAUAUAUGCACGAGACAAGUGGCUUAAGCCAAAUGUUGGCAUGAUGUUUCCGGACCGGUGCACACUUUUCGUGGCUGCCAUCGAGGAUCGUCAAUACAAGGAUGAAAAAAUCAAUUGGUGGGAUAACGUGUACGGUUUCAACAUGAGCUCGAUCCGUAAGGUUGCCAUUAGCGAACCCCUCGUGGACGUCGUAGACCCAAAGCAAAUUGUUUCCAGCUCUUACUUGAUUAAAGAGAUUGAUCUCUACGUCGUCCGUAAGGAGGAUCUCGAUUUCGAGUCGCCGUUCCAUCUUAUCGUCAAGCGGAACGAUUUCAUUCAAGCAUUGAUCACGUAUUUCAACGUGGAGUUUACCAAGUGUCACCAACGGUUGGGCUUCAGCACUUCACCGGAGUCACCCUAUACCCACUGGAAGCAAACUGUUUUCUAUUUCGACGAAUAUCUGACCGUCAAGAAGGGUGAGGAAAUCUACGGCAUGUUCAAAAUGAAGCCAAAUGCCCGGAACAAUCGGGAUUUGGACUUCACGAUCGAUUUGCACUUCAAGGGUGAGCUUUCUCAGGUGAACGAGAAAAAUCAUUAUCGAAUGCGUUAAUCAACUACCAACGAGAGGCAGCAGAUUUCCAAUUAUGUACACAUAGGAGAAAGAACAAGCUCGAUAUUAUCUAUAGGACCCCAUCCCCGCAGGAGGGAAAGUUUACACAACCCCGAUGAGUAGGACAAAAUGUUAUUAUAAUCCAAAUACUGCAAGUGGAUGUCGCCAGCACAUCCGUGAAUAAGAAAAUGUAUGAGCUGAA